AUGACAACACUGACAAGUAAAUUUCAAGAUAUAACCAAACAAUUGCAGCAGUUAAGUAUUUGGAGACCCAAUGAACGUAAUCCACUGCUCGAACUCGAACGAUGGCGUGAAGAUGCUCAUCAAACCAUCGAACAAUUGUACAAUAAGAAACGAUAUGAAAUUGGACAAGUAACCGAGAAACACGAACGAGAAUUCCUACGACAAUUAGCAAGACAACGUUUGCAAAUGAAUAACAUUCAACAAAAAAUUCCGACAAAGCCAGUAGCUAAUCCUUCGCUUCGUACAUUUCACGAAAACUCCAUCUUUAAUGAAUUGCAAACGAUUGAAAAUGAUAUCAACACACGAUUAGGUCGAGCGGAGAUAACUCUUGAAACAUUACCUUUAAAUUGUAAUGGUUUGGUCACCGUUGGUCUGAAAACGUACCUCUCGGGAAAGCCAGUUCCACAUUGCAAAGAAAUCUCGUUCAAAGAUCUACCGAAACGAUCAGCACGUCGAUCGGCAGACGAAGUUCGAACCGCACAUCAAAAGUGGCUUCAGACAAAGAAGGAGGAAGAAAAUCUCCGAAGAGAAUAUUUCGAUACUCGCCAACAAGAAUUGGCAAACGAACGUCAAGUAUUUUUUCGAAACACAGCAAAUCAGGCAGCUUUUGAAAGGUGGAAGCAACAAAAACGAGAAAGCGGCGCAUUCAAGAAAAGAAAAGUCGAUGAACGUCGUAUUAACGAUAGUAUUGAACAAGAUAUUGAUGAAUCUUAG